AUGCGUUUCUCUACCAUCCUGCUCGGCGCUCUGGCCGCCGUCACUGCUUCCGCUACACCCACCUCGUGCCCUCCACCCAAGCCUAACAAGGAAUUCGGCGUCGUCGCCAUCCACGCCGGCAGCGGUGUCCACAACCAGGCUUUCAAUGCUGCCUUGAGGAGCCUGUUCGCCGGCCUACCUGACCAGAACGCUCAGUGCAAACGGUCCAACGAGAAAUUCGCCACUUUUUACCUAAAAGACGGCGCGCUCUUCUUAUACACACCCAAGUCCGCUGAGAAGCAGCAGAUAUUUGUCGACCGGUCUGGCAUGGGUAUGGGUAAAAUCGGCUACCUUACUGGUGAUGAGGGAAAGCCCCGGUAUGCCGAACUCACUGGGUGGUCGAUCAACGGGGACAACCACCUUCAGUUCGCUGGAAGCGACUUGGUUGCAUGCCCAAACAGUCUCAACGGGUCGUGGAGCAUCUGGGCUUCUGGGUUCAAGACCCCGGGUCAUAACCAGAACUGCAUCGACAUUGCAUCGCGCGUGGAGUAUACGAAGGAUCCUAAUCCUUGCGUGUACUCGCGAUCUCCGUAG